GUGCUAAUAAACCUACCUCCGAACACACCUUAAUCAUCUUUUCACACAAAUCGCCGCCGUCAAGACCACCAUUCACAGUCGCCUAUCGGCAUUUGUGCACACUGAAGUAAUAAAAUUGAUGCUAAUAAAAUAAAAUAAAAUAAAAACCUUUAAGAAAAAAAAAGGAAAAGGCGACUGAAAUUGAUUUUUUGGUGUUUUCUUGCGCUGAAUUAAAACAAACCAUUUUCUUCUACAGUUCCACUGCUCGUCAUCAAUUCGAAUUCAUCUAAAGUUGUUCAACCGUCUGUCAACAGUCUGCAAUCGGAGAAUCAUGGGUGGCAAGAUGGAGGCAUGUGCUGAGUGCUCGCGUAGCUGUUCGUCACUCCAUAGGUCGAAGCUUGAUCCUUACCCAAUAGUUUCUUCAUUCUUCAAAAUCAUGUUUGGUAUCCAAUUUUCUCAACUUCUGAUUGUACCUCCUAGAUUUGCCAAAACUAUCAUGGCAAUGGAAGGUAAAAACACUUAUUUUGAGGAUUCAACAGGGCAAAAAUGGGAAGUUAACCUGUCUAAUGUAAACGGCUCACUUGCCUUUCAAAAGGGAUGGAAUGAAUUUUGUGUGGAUCAUGCCAUUGAGCUGGGUGAUUUUGUGGUAUUACAUUAUUUCAAGGGAUCACAUUUUAUUGUUCAAAUUUUUGGUAGAAGUGGGUGUGAGAAGCCAAUGAUUUACAGUGGCAUGAACUAUCAGAACAAGAGAACUAAACUUGCCGAUCCUUGUGAUUCGACUGAUAAAGAAACACCAGCAACAGAAUGCUUAGAUUCUUUCAAGGAUGCUAGUCCUGCGGUUAAUGUCACUCAAAGGAAGGAUGAUUUGUGUAAUGUAGAAAAAUCAGCUGAUAUAGGAGUAAAUGUUGAUAAUGUUACAAGGCAAGGGAAUACCAAUAAGCGGCCUAAAGUAGUUCCUGCAACAGAUUUUCUGUUAGAGUCAUUCUUCAUGACUAACAGAAACACAAGUUCAGGAAAAGAAGAUGAUAGGAGCGAUUUAUAUGAUCUGUCUGUUUUUGAGAAGCCCGGAAAUAGAGUUGAUACUGAUAAAAUGAGUAUGCUAAUAGGGAAUACAUGCUCUAAAGUGUGCACCGCGUUGCAAGAAACUCAAAUUGAAGAGGCCUCGCCUGAUGUUGUGAAAUACCAAAUGACUGAAAAUACUUUUGAGCUCUCAAAUGAAGCAGACUGGUCAAGAAAGGAAUGUGUAGUUGUAGCGCUACCCAACAAUAGGGUCGACAUGCCUUUGAACUUCAGUAUGCCCCUGGAUUCUCUCACAUUUCCAAAUCCGAAUGAGUUCUCAGCUCUAGCAUCUCCCUUUGAGCCUCCAGGUGAAAGAAUGAGAAUAGUCAAGCAAGAACCGCAACCUGGUGACGUCAUUUGUGCCCUUAACGCUAAUACUCUUUCGAGGGAUAGUGCAGUCUUAUUUGGCAAUAAGGGUCACAAGGCUAAGAACAAAUAUAUUGGCAGUCACUCGACUGCUAUAGUCGAAUAUAAAGGUAACACAGACAUGAGUUUGAAGAAAGAAGCUCCCGAGUUGUGUGAUUCUUCAUCUGUACCAGACAUCAAAAUCACAUGUUUGGUGCAGCAAGACAGUGAAUAUUUCCUUGAGUUACCGAAGCCUUUACCAGUAAAGAUACACAGACAAGAUGAAAAUUUGGAACAGAACCUGGUUUUACUUCGAGAUCCUGUUGGAAGACUUUGGCCAGUUGUACACCAUCUGAGGAAAGGCUUUGAGGUUUUGGGUAGUGGGUGGAAAGAAUUUAGGAAGUCUAAUAGCAUCCAACCUGGUGAUGAGUGUACUUUUGAAGUCGAGAAUAAGGAUGAGGGUAUAAUUCGUGUCCAAAUUGUGUCGCCUUUAUCUGAAUAAAUUUCUGUUAGGCCAGUUGAUCGUAGUAUGUUUAUCCUAGAUUUCUAAAGAUCGAAUCGAAUUUAGGAUUUGUGAACCAAAAUCCAGAUAAUGAUUCUCUUUUUUAUCUGAUAAAGUGAUUUGCUGCUGUUGUUGUUGUACAUAUUCUAACAGCAGGAGAUCAGACUGAAGUACAUUGUAAUGGUUGAAUGUAUGCUUUUUUUUUUAUCUUGGUAUUAGUUUCAUUA